GUUUGGAAGGGGAGCAUUAAAACACACACACACACACAACACACACACACACACACACACACACACACACACUUCUUGGCUCCGUGGAUCGGGGCUUUUUCCUUUCGUUGUUUUUUCACUGAGAGGACGCCGACGACCGGAGAGGCUUUGGCCAGACACACUUGACUGUUGCUGAGGAAGAGAGAGAGAGAGAGAUACAGCCCGAGGAGAGGAAGAAGGGGGUGGGACUGUGUGUUUCCCCACAGAGACCCUGGGAGUGGACCAGUAAGUGAUCCGUGGACAGAAAGAGAAUCCAGAGCCAGCUCCUCGCCAUGUCUGCCCCUGCCAUCUGAUUGGUCGGGAGUUGGACUGGUGACUGGCUUUGAUCACCUACCUCGAUCUUAACCUGCUCCCGAGUUGGGCUAAACCUGAGGAUACCUCGAUAACCGCUAACCCUGCUUUCGUCGCACGGGCCCCAGGCACGGACACGGGGCCUUAGUCACGCUGACCGGAGCAAUGAACCACCCGCCUACCCGUAAGCGAGACAACCUGCUGCUCCGCCCCCGCCGCACACUGAUCACACCUGUGAAUGGACGCGUGACGGUUAUCCAGGCGCUUACAACCAGACACCCUACCCCAUGCCUCAGCACGGCGGCCAGUCUGUCGCCCCUUAUCCUGUUCCUGCAGGGGGGUACGGAGACCCGGGUCAAGCUCCCCCACCAGGCUUCAACAUGGGCUACAACGCGGGCCCGCCUCCUCCAGUCAUGUAUCAGCCGGGCCCAGUCGGGCCAGCUCCAGUGCCGGAGUAUGGCGGCUCUCCGGGAGCAAUCUCCCCGGCCCCGCUCGGGGCGCCAGCUUCAGCUCCUGUCGGCGUCCCGCCGGGGCUUGAGUACCUCACACAGAUUGACCAGAUCCUGAUUCACCAAAAAGUGGAGCUCCUCGAAGCAUUCCUCGGCUUUGAGACCAACAACGAGUAUGAGAUAAAGAACAGCCUGGGCCAAAAGAUCUACAAGGCCAAAGAGAAGAACGACUGCUGCACCAGGAACUGCUGCGGCUCGCUGCGCAGCUUCGACAUGAAGAUCAAGGACACCAUGGACAGAGAGGUCAUCCGCCUCAUCCGGCCUUUCCGCUGCGUCUCCUGCUGGUGUCCCUGCUGCCUGCAAGAGAUGGAGGUCCAGGCGCCGCCCGGCACCACCGUAGGCUACGUCAAACAGGACUGGCACCCUUUCCUGCCGCGGUUCUCCAUCCAGGGGGCGAACAAGGAGACCCUGAUGAAACUGGAGGGGCCCUGCUUCGCCUGCAACUGCUGCGGGGACGUCAACUUCGAGCUGAAGGGGAAAGACGGCGACAAACCCAUCGGUCGCAUCAGCAAGCAGUGGACGGGUCUCCUGAAGGAAGUCUUCACCGACACGGACAACUUUGGCAUCCAGUUCCCCCUGGACAUGGACGUGAAGAUGAAAGCCGUGCUCAUGGGAGCCUGCUUCCUCAUUGACUUCAUGUUCUUCGAGAAGGUCGGAGAGGCCAACCAGCGCAGCAGCGUGUUUUCGUAACAGAGGAAGGGGGGAGGGGGAAAUCAUCGAGGGAUAACAACAGCGCGGGAGCAAGGACUUUCUCCAGUUAUGGCAUUCAUAUAUCUAGUUAUUCAUUUCUAAAUCCUUCCUUCACAGAAUCCCAGCCCAUAUGGUGCUAACACCAGCAUCCUUUUUAUACACAAGCACAGACCGAUAUGAGCUGAUGAACCUUCGAACCAGCUAUUUUUUUUUUUUUUUUUUUUAAAGUUAUCCGAACUCCACCGACACAUGUUGCCAAAUGUUGCUUGCACUCCACAAAGUCCGCAGACAUAUGAUCGGUUUGUGAGUGAGUGCGCGCAGCUGAGAUUUAAUCCUUGCCAAAGAAAAGAAAAUCAACCUAACCCCUUGAGCCCACACAAAUGAAUAUGAGUGGAUGCGGUCUGGUCCAAAAGCCCACAAGCACCACGAGGCUCGUUUUGCUUCGCCGGCAUUGCCAUUUCAUAUUUAUGCUGUGUGUGUUUAUUGAUUAUUAUAUUGCACUCAUACUGAUGCGCGUUGAAGAAACUGCGAUAGACAGAAGCUGUAUCCGUUGCCUUGUAUUGUAGCCGUUGGCAGGCUUAGGGCAGUGGCCGUCUGUGGGUCCACCGCUUUGGCCAAGACUGAAAUAUCUCGACAACUAUUUGAUUGUUUUGCGCAGACGUUCGUGGUCCCUAGAGGAUGGCACACCUCGGUGACUUUGGCCAUCCCAACCUCUGGGUCAGAAGCUUUUGUUCAGCACUCAACGAACCGUAUAUCUGCAAAACUAAUGGCAGUGAUAUAUUGCAAAUGUCGGCAUGCAAGCGAGCUGAACUAGCACUGCAACUAGUAUACUGUCCAGACGUCAGCGCGUCAGCAUUGUCACUGUGAGCAUUUUGAUAUUUAGCUCAACGCACUUCUCUGCUUGCCACACAGAGCUGCUCGUAGCCAGUAACUGCCGUAGGCUUUAUCUUAUAACCUGUAUAUUAACAAAAUAUAUGAUACAGUAAAACCUGAGCUCUGCCCACAAGGGAUCAGGCUGUUGUCGUCUUUUAUCUUGUAUCGGGAAGUGAUGGUUGGGAUGGUGGGACAACAUGGGAGGACGUUAAUUAUCUUGUAGGCAAAGUCGACAUGUGCUCACAGUAUUUACCAAAGUGCCGUUUUUCUCUACCACUCCGUUGCCUUUUUCCUCUUUUCUCCGUGUGUCCAAGCCCAGUGUACACAAUCUGAACAGAGCUGGAGCUCGGGCUGCCGUGCAAAUGCUCCCUCGCCUCCGCCUUGUGUCUUAGCCGUUGCCGCGGAGACCCGGCGCCACGGUCGAAACCUCGCCCUCCCAUUUCCCCGGACACCACUGCGUCGAACAACAGGCGGAGUGCAACGGAACAUGGGGAAGGGAAUAAAAUACAAAAAAGAAGAGAGAGCAGAAGUUGGGGCCCAGAGAAUGUUUAUCUGACCUGGGGAAAACCCCCCUGCUAGUGAGGACUCCCAGGAUGAGUUCAGAAAGCGACCCCUGAAUGUGAACUCGUGGUUUUUUGUCUAUUUCUUUCGCUCAUUUCCUCUGCUCACGAAUUUUUCUAUCGGCGUUUGAUACACCUCUCGUAAACAUGGGAGUGCCUCCAAGCGAGGCCAUCGCUUGCAACUUGUGCUCUCAAAUACAAACGCUGCACCAAGCCGUCUGUCUCUAAAUGUGUCCCGUUGCCUGUGCAUACUUGAUAUGUGAAACCAUGAGUUAUUUGUUUGUUGGGGGGGGGGGGGGUGUUAAUCUGCAGAUUGUGUUUAUUUGAAUCAGUUAUGUCCGCAGCUGUCAGGAGCUGUACGCAUCUGUGUCCUGUGUUUCUGUCAAAACUAUACAUGCGGACUGUUUUCCGAUAACUUGCGUCUUGUGAUUGUUAUAUUCUUUUUUUUUUUAUAUUAAAAAAUACCCUGUAAUUCAUAAAUAAAAAAGAAUUGUUAAAGUG